GCGCCCAUAGUUCCGUCACACUCCCAAUAUGGUCGCUCCGGUACUUCCGCCCCGUUCCCUCCCACUUCCGGCGCGCUCCCGGCGUGCCCCGCUACUCCCGGCAAGAUGGCGGACGUGCUGGAUCUUCAUGAGGCGGGCGGAGAGGAUUUCGCUAUGGACGAGGACGGGGACGAGAGCAUCCACAAGCUGAAAGAGAAGGCCAAGAAGCGGAAGGGCCGCGGCUUCGGCUCAGAGGAAGGAUCCCGUGCCCGGGUGCGCGAAGAUUACGACAGCGUGGAGCAGGACGGGGACGAGCCGGGGCCGCAGAGAUCCGUGGAGGGCUGGAUCCUGUUUGUGACAGGGGUGCACGAGGAGGCCACGGAGGAGGACGUGCACGACAGAUUCGCCGAGUUUGGGGAGAUCAAAAACAUCCACCUGAACCUGGACCGGCGCACUGGCUACCUCAAGGGUUACACGCUGGUGGAGUACGAGACCUACAAGGAGGCGCAGGCGGCCAUGGAGGGGCUCAACGGGCAGGAGCUCAUGGGGCAGCCGGUCAGCGUGGACUGGUGCUUCGUCAGGGGCCCCCCCAAGGGCAAGAGGAGGGGCGGCCGCCGGCGGAGCCGCAGCCCGGACCGGCGCCGCCGAUGAUGGAUCCAAACCUCCUCCCACUGAUGUUCCACCUCCAAACUGGUGGCAAACUGGGCAAACUGGGCUCUGUACACAGCCUGGAGGAGCCAAGCCAGCUCCAUCCCCCGGGGAAAUGUGGGUUUUAUGGAAUUUUAUUGUUUUCAAAGGACAAGUAUGAGGGAAGCAGCAGUUUCGGAGGGUUGGGGGGGAUUUCCCUUGGGUUUGGGGGGAUCCCUCCCAGCUCCCCAUCCCAGAAUAUCCUGGGAGUUUUUUUUUUCCAUGCUCCAGGCAAAUGGUUUCUGAAUCUCCCAUGGUAUUUAUCCCACUGGGCAUUCCUUGUUUUGUGUCAAAUAACAAGAUUUUGUCUAA